CUUUUCACGUAAACGGAGAAUAUAUUUGAGUUGUAUAAAUGAAGUAGAUGAUGUUGUUUUCUUAUUUCGUCAAAUGGCAAGAAUGCAGCCACAGCCAUCCGUUAUCGAAUUCACCAAACUAUUGCAAGUUGUUGUCAAGAUGAAACAUUAAUCCGGCGCCCUUAAAAUGUUCGACGAAAUGCGUCAAUGGGCUGCCCGUAUGAAUGAGUACACGAUGACCAUCUUGAUUAAUUGUUGUUGCCUCUUGAAACAUGUAGACAUUAGUUUUGCUAUCUUUGGCUGCUUCUUUAAACGCUGCCACGAGCCAAACGUUACGACGUUCAACACCCUCUUAAAAGAGCUCUUUUUAGAUGGUAAUGUAGGUGAGGCAGACAAAUUGUUCAAGAAGAUUUUUACUUUGAAACUUUGUGAGCCAAACGAUGUUACGAUUCUUACCGUGGUAGAUGGGCUCUGCAAAACUGGACAUGUUCUUGCUGCCGAUGAUUUGCUUUGGUUAUUGGAAAAGACUAUCUAUAAACCCAAUGUUAAGGCUUAUAACGCGGUAAUUGACGGCUUAUGCAAGACCGGAACGGUGGAUAAUGCUCUCCAGCUCAAGUCUAGAAAGAUCGACAAGGGAAUUUCACCGACUAUUGUAACAUAUAACUCGAUGAUUCAGGGCUUGUGCGAUUUCUGUAGAUGGAAAGAGGUCAAAGACUUAUUGAACGAAGUGGUCGAUCACGAGAUUUGUUUAACUGUUGUUACUUUUAGUGUAUUGGUGGACGCGUUUUGCAAGGAAGGAAAUGUUAAAGAAGCCGAAGAUAUUUUGGAAAUCAUGAAGCAGCAAAAUAUUUGUCCUAAUAUCGUCACUUACAAUUCGUUGAUAGAUGGGUACUGUUUGCAAGGGAAAAUGGACGAAGCAAAACAAGUAUUUGAUUCCAUAGCGGGCGAGGGGAUUAAACCAUCUAUUAUGAGCUACGACACUUUAAUAAACUUGGCGUCUUUUCUCGAAGUUUCUUCGAAAGGCUUAGAAUACACAACAAUUACUUAUAACACCAUGAUACAUGGAUUAUUUAGUGAAGGCAGAAUUGCUGAUGGAUGGGAACUUUUCAACGAUAUGGAAGCUCGGAAAGUACGUCCCGAUUUAUUUACUUACAAUAUUUUAAUGAAAUACUUGUGCAAGACUCGACAGAUUUUUGAAGCGUUUUCGUUUCUAAGGACAAUGGAAGAGAGAGGAGUAAUUCCUAGUAUAAUUACAUAUAGUAUCCUCAUUAAUGGUUUGUGCAAAGAUGGGAAACAUGAAGACGCAAAAAAUCUUUUAAACGAACUUCCUUCCAAAGGGUUGAAACAUGAUAAUCACAUAUAUGCUAUCAUUAUUCGUACACUUUGUGAAGAAGGAUUUUUAGAGGAGGCAAAAGAUGCGCUUACAAAAGUGGAGAGAAGUGGUUGCGCACCGAAUAGCGUGACAUACAACGUCAUUAUUCGUUGCUAGUUGAAGAAGAAAGAACUUGACAAGGCAAUAUCAUUCUUAGAGGAAAUGCGCAAAAGGGGAUUCUCAGCCGAUGCAGCUACUUCGUCCAUGUUGAUUAAUCACAUGAAAGUAUAUAACAAAGAAAGGUGUUCUUCUGCUGGAAAUGAUUAAGAAUGUUCUACAAAAAAUA